AUGGAAAACUGCCACUCCGAGACGGCUGAUGUGCCCAGUAGCUAUCAGGAGGUUGCAAGAACUGAUAGCAAUCUUGGCACUAUGGAAGAAAUUUCUCACAAAGACUCUUUGAUCGGAGAAGAAUCUAGCGCACUCAAAGCGCUUGAUACAGCUGUGCGAGACCAAACUGAUAUAGAAAAGGACAUUGGGCGUCAGGCCGACAAGCUUCUUACCGAACAGGCGAACAACAGGGAUCAGAAACGACUAAAGCGGACAAACAAAGAAAAGCGGCUUGUUGAGUUACACAUCGUUCAACUCCAUCAACGCCUUUCUCAACCCAUCGGAACCGCCGGUAGGGUUCGUGUAAGUGCUGAACUUCAAAAUGUCGAAGCGAAGCUAUUAGCACUGGAAGAAGAUGUGAAACAAAUACAGCAGCGGAUUGAAGAAAGACAACAGGGAAUCGAAGAUACCGCCCAAACAUCUGGCACUGGGAGAUUACCAAACGAGUCCAGACGAGAUUAUCUCAUUCGGACGGGUAAGAUCACGCCAUUUUCAAAAUUUGGAGAUAGUCAUGGAGAUGCUUCCAGUGCCUUGCAGGAUGCUUUGAUUGACGCAGAAGACGAGAAAGAUGAGGAGUUGGUCUUGGGUGAUCAACGCAGCCGACAGGUCGAAUCACACCGACACCUCCUCCUCCCAGGAUUUGAUUUUGGUGAAUCGAACGAACCCGAAGAUUCUGAAGUCGGCGCAACUCGCCCUCAGAAGAGAAGAAAGCUUGUUGAUGGGACUCCUGCAGGCAACAAUAACGUUAAACCAGAAGGGUCAAAAGGAGAUGCCAGGUCGUCAGAGAUAGCCUCCGACGAUGAGUACGUUGAGGAGCCCGAAGAGUCAGCUGCAGAAUCCACAAAUGAUGAGUGGGAGGAGCAGUCAGAUAUGCCUACCACGAAACCACGAGCGAAGAGAAAAAGUACUGCAAAUUCGGCAGAAAUUUUGGAGGAUCUUCGCGGACUGGAUGAUGGCAAUGAAAAUGUAUAUCAACGUCGUCUACGUGAUUGGGUUCAGAGAAGGUCAGAAGCGCGGGAGCGCACCGAAGAUCACGCUCAGAGUUCAAACGCUGAAUCUGAAGAGUGGUUUCUCCCACACCCACGGGUUCCUGACAUCCUUCUGGAUGGUGACUAUCGAGUUCCAGGUGAUAUUUAUCCCUAUCUCUUCGACUAUCAAAAAACGGGAGUUCAGUGGCUUUGGGAACUGUAUCAGCAACGUGUUGGCGGGAUCAUUGGUGAUGAAAUGGGCCUGGGGAAAACAAUUCAGGUGAUUGCCUUUCUAGCUGGGCUUCAUUACAGUCAAAAGCUCCGAGGCCCUGUUAUCGUUGUUUGCCCGCCAACUGUGAUGAAACAAUGGGUAAAUGAAUUUCACCGCUGGUGGCCACCCCUUCGCGUUUCGAUAUUGCAUACAUCAGGAAGUGGAAUGGUAAAUAUUAGAAAAGAAAGCUAUGACGAAGACAGACUUACGUCAGGAAUAUGGGAUCCAGAAAAGCCAGCCCGUCUAACCAGAGGACAAAAGGCGGCAAAUAAGAUUUUAAAACGAGUCCUAGAAGAAGGCCAUGUCCUUGUAACGACUUACGCGGGACUACAGACUUAUGCAUCUUUAUUAAUUCCCAUAGAUUGGGCUUGCGCCGUCCUUGAUGAAGGGCACAAGAUACGGAACCCGGACACAGCGAUAACAAUCCAUUGCAAGGAACUACGUACACCUCACCGCCUUAUCUUAUCAGGCACCCCAAUGCAAAACAACUUGUCGGAGCUUUGGUCAUUGUUUGACUUCGUCUUCCCGAUGCGACUUGGCACGCUGGUAGAUUUUCGCAACCAAUUUGAGUUUCCUAUCCGGGCGGGAGGGUAUGCGAACGCUUCAAACUUGCAGGUGCAAACCGCCGAAAAGUGUGCGAAGACUUUAAAAAGGGCAAUUAGUCCAUAUUUACUGCAGCGUUUCAAAGUCGAUGUUGCCACCGAUUUGCCCAAAAAGACGGAGCAAGUUCUCUUUUGCAAGCUUACCAAACUUCAGAGGACGACGUAUGAGGCCUUCCUGGCAUCCAAUGACAUGUCGGCGAUUAUGACCGGAAGGAAAGACGUUCUGUUUGGUGUUGAUAUACUUCGCAAAAUCUGCAACCAUCCUGAUCUUCCAGAGCACAAAACACUAUCCCUCAAAACUGAUUAUAACUACGGUAGUGGGGCAAAGUCUGGCAAAAUGCAGGUUGUAAAAGCUUUGCUUGAGUUGUGGAAAGAUACGCGCCACAAGACCUUACUUUUUGCCCAGCAUCGUAUUAUGCUUGAUAUUUUGGAAAAAUAUAUAAAUUCAUUCCCUGGGUUUAAUUAUCGGCGAAUGGAUGGGAACACUCCAAUUAAGCUCCGUCAAAAUAUGGUCGACGAGUUCAAUGCUGAUCCAGAUAUACACGUUUUUUUACUGACUACAAAGGUUGGAGGACUUGGCGUCAACUUGACAGGGGCGGACAGAGUCAUUAUAUAUGAUCCAGAUUGGAACCCUUCCACCGAUCUUCAAGCACGGGAACGGGCUUGGAGACUUGGUCAAAAACGUGAGGUGACUAUAUACCGACUGAUGACUGCUGGUACAAUCGAAGAAAAAAUAUAUCACAGGCAAAUAUUCAAACAAUUCUUGACAAACAAAAUUUUGAGGGACUCAAAGCAACGACAGACAUUUCAAAUGGGUGACCUUCAUGAUUUGUUUACUCUAGGAACUGAUGGUGUCACGGAAACUAGCAAGAUAUUUAAGGAUGCCGAUAUCACAUUCCAAGAGGGUGCGGCGUCCCAGGAAGCUACGGAAAACAUCCAAGCUGGGAAAGAUCGCGAAGAAAAAGAUAAAAUCAGCAAUGUCACCGGGGUUUCAUCUGUCGAAAAAUACCAGCCAGAAACAGAAAUCCCAUCCGCGACUAGCGCAGAAGUAAAACCUACAGCUGAGUCAAAGUCGGAUAAACGUUUGCUAAAUACUAUUUUCGCCCGCUCAGGUGUCCACUCUGCGCUUGAGCAUGAGAAGAUUGUCAACGGCAAAAAACCUACCGUUCAAGCGGACCGCAAGAUUAUCGAAGCGGAGGCCAAACGUGUUGCAGAAGAGGCGGCAAAAGCACUGCUUGAUGCCGAAGUGCUUGCUAAGACUGUCCCAGCUGGAACACCCACCUGGACAGGCCAGUUUGGCACGGCUGGUCGACCUGGAAAUAGCACAGGGCGAGGAGCUAUUUACAGAGGGAGCAGUAAUGCAGGGCGCAGGGGAAUCCAAGGUCCCCUAUCCGAAAGCAUUAUUGCAAACCUAAGCCACCGUAGCCGUCGAAGAAAUGGCGGUCCAGACUCAGGCGCCACUACUCCCCGUGGUAAAGAUUUCAUGGUCAUGAUUCGGGAUUAUAUCGUUGCGCAAGGCGGAGCGGUAUAUUCGCAAAUGUUAGUAGACCACUUCAACCGAUUCUGUAAUUCGGAUAGGGAUACGGCCGAGUUCAGGGAAAUUUUACGGGCGAUUGCGGUUCUGGAGAAAACAGGGACGCGGGGAAGAGGUAAAUGGGUGCUUAAACCAGAGUAUGCGGGGGGGCGAACCGUUUAG